AUGGAGUUUUUGGGGACCAUGCACCUCGCCAGCUACUGUGGUCCAAAGAAGAGCUGCCUGUUCCCGGAGCUGGCUCCCACCAGCACCACCAAGGACACCUAUCGGCCCUACUGCCCACCGGGCUACCGCCACCUCAGCUCCUGCAGGCCCAGCCGGCUUCACCAAGGGGUUUCGGUCCCUCCCAGCUCCGACCAGCCAUUAAAUCCCCCUGGGCGGCUGCCCACUGUCCUGCCUGCAUUACGCUCUACCCUGCCCGCCUGCUGCAGCACUCGGGACUGGCACCACGCCACCACGGCUCAGUUAAAAGGCUCUGAAGCCUCCAGGCACUCUGCUGCGAGACUGAACGCUGCUUCAAUGCGACUGAUGCGGGAUAAGGAUCAGCUGACCCAUCGGAUGCAAGAAGACAGCAGUAGAAAGCUGGGAGAGAGGAUCUCCAACAUUGAUUUCUGGAGAUCUGAGCUCACUCAUGAGCUAGAGUGUCUGCUGGAGAACCACGACUUGGAGAUGGCAAAGCAGCGGCUUGAAUGUGCCAUAGCUGAAAUGCAAGGAGCACGGAAGAUCGCCCUAGAAUGCUUGUACCACCGUGAGAAGCGCAAGGGUGUAGACUUAGUUCAUGACGAUGUGGAAAAGAACCUCCUAAAGGAGACUGAUGUGUUCAAGGACCGUCAAGAAAUGUUAACAAAACUUGCACAGAAAAUCAGUCAACAGUUGGGCAUCAACAGAGAUGCACAACAUGCCCUGGAGCAGGAUCUUUCUGACAAAAACUCGGCCCAUGUUAUUGAUGUGAAGUGCUUUGACCUGAGGAACACAUCAGACAGCAUCAACUUUUACCAUGGAGUGGAAAAAGCAAGUGGGACUGUUUCAGUGGCUGAAACAUGGGCUAAAUUCAGCGAAGACAACAUCAGGUGCUCUCGACAUGCAAGGGCCAACUCUGCCAAGCUCCAACAGGAUGCAGAAGCUGGACUGAAGAGCACGUCUGAGGAGAUGUGGAAUCAUUUCAUCAGCACCAACCUGGCCUUUAAUAACCGUAUUGCUGAGGUAGCUGAUGCGAAGAACAAAUUCCAAGCACAACUGGCCAAGAUACUGCAGGAAAUCUUCCAGACAGAACAGACAAUCGUGUCACUGGAGAGAUCCCUCAGGGCAAAGGAGCACUCCCUGAGAGUGGCCCAGACCCGCCUGGAGAGGAGAACUAAACGGCCAAACAUAGAACGUUGCCACGAUGCCCCUCAGUUUCACCUUACUACUGAGGUUUACACUAUAGAUGACACCUUACAGACCUUAAAGCGAUGUCUGCAAGAAGCCCGUGAUACUCUGCAGAUGCUGGUCCUCAACAAAUCCAAGCUGGAACAUGAAAUUUCGGUGAAGGCAAACUCCCUCUUCAUUGACAAGAAGCGUAUGGACGUGCGCAAAGUCUUCCCCAGCACCCCACGGCUCCUUGGCUACGCUUGA